UCAUAUUGAGAUAGAGGAGACUGGUGGAGAGGCAAGUACAUCAACAGAUGCAAUGUAUGCAUCUUGGUUACUUGAUGACACCACUGAAUAUACAUGUGUUAGCAGUGGAUCAGAGACAGAAGAGAAAAUUAUUGAAGAGCCAGCUGCUGCA